AGCCGCGCCGGCGAGCGGUCGCCAUGUAUAUGCGCUCAGUGAAAGUUACAUAGAGAAAUGCGGCCCGCGCUCUGCCUACUGUUUGUGGCAACAUGGUCAGCAAGCGCGGCGUACGACUACGCGUCGGCGUGCGCGCGCCCGCACCGUGGCCGCCGGGCGAGGGCCGACGCCCCCUGCGACCUCACCAAGCAGAGCUACUGCACCACCCCCGGCACCAGCUACCCCUGGCACGCGAUACGCCGCUUCGUCAGGGAGAACCAGGGACUUAUGAGGAGGAUGUACGGUGAAGAGCGACACAUCGCCGUCUUGAAAGCGGAACUCGAGAACUUCAUAGAGGAUGACGAGGAAAAAGUAAAAGACUUCGAUGAAGACAUCAUACAAACCAAAAUCAUGUACACAAAGAAAAGCCACGGACGUGCCAUAAAGGAUAAACCACAUUUCAGGCCGAUACAGAGUGAUAAACAGAAGAAAGUAGACAACGAAACACUCACAGUUAAACCACUAGAAAAAUCUAACAAUAAAUCUGAUACAAAGAACAAAACAAGCAAUACAGAUGCAAACAAUACUGAAAAUGAGAUUACUUACAAGAGUAAACUAGAAAGUAUAGCUAAUAUAGAAAUAAAUAAUCUAGAACCUGAUGUUAUAACUCUAGAAGCGGUCAUCAAGCAGAGCAUUGAAACAAAUAGCUUGUUUCCGAAAUACUCUGGCAAUUUGAAAAGUGAUGUUGAAGAUGAAAAUAAAAACGAUAGAAAUUCAACAACACCUCCAACUGUAGCCAACAGCACAGAUACUGUUGAUGAAUAUGAAGAUAUUACCACAGAGUUGGACAAGGAAGAAUUGAAGAGUAGUGAUGUAUCUACUCUCCCACCGACGUUACUUUUUACUGAACACGAGAAAGACAAGGCCAAAGUGGACAGGAUUGAUACUAAAGAGACUGAGAAGAAAGAAGAAAGCCAUUCAAAGCCGGUCCAGCAGGAGACAAUGCGACCGGCUGUUAUAAAAUUACGAGGAGCCAACGCGUGCGAGUCAAAGGAAGAGAUGGCGGCGCCGUUCUGGGCAAACAGCACCCGGGGCGAAGUACUGGCGCUCCUGAACAUGUACCCGUUCGAGCAGUACAUACACCUAGAGACCUGCGUGCACCAGCACAAGCAGAUGUACUGCCGGGAGGGGUGCAGAUGCGAGCAGCAAUACCGUCUGCACCGCCUGCUCGCGUACGACCCCCGCAACGAGUGCCGCGGCAUCUUCGCCGACUGGUUCAAGUUCCCCGCGUGCUGCGUAUGCAAGUGUUACGACGUGCCGCUCGAGUUCCGCGCCCGCUCCCCGCGCAUCCUCCGGCCGCAGUACGACGAAGAGGUUAGAAGGCUAAUAUACGAGGACGUCGCCAAGGACUGGUAUUCUAUGUCAUAUGAUGAGGAAGAUGAUGAUGAUUUGUACUAAAUGAGUAACGAGGACGUUUGUGAGAACGGUGUUACGUGUACUACAGUAACGCGUGGUGUGAAUUUCGUUCAUUACGAAGAAGAGAUGACUCA